AUGUCAUUGGAGCGACUGGAAGUCGAGGACGACGUGUUGGACAGAGAGGACUUUCCCCGGCUCUCGAAUAAAGGGGCGCAAGGCCGCAAGAAGAGGAGAGGCCUAGUGGAGUGUCAUCUGGAUGACAGGCUGUCGGCUAAACAGAAAACGGCCGUUGAAGAGGUGACAAGUCUCUUUCCCCAGAUGUCGCCGAAGUCGGUGGUGGUGGAAAUAUUGCGUGUCUUGGACAUUGCGGGAGAAGCCGAGAGGAAGACCCAGACGAUGAACGGGGCCCUUCGCAGGCAGAUCAAAGUCGGGGAUAAUAUCGCGAAGAUCGCGGUGCAACAGCUUCAUACUGUAAUUGACAAGAGUACGGGACCUACGGAUGUAAUAAGGGCCAACAACCUUGCUUUGGAGGUGGAGGUCGUGAAGCUCCGCAAGGAGAUGGACUCUCUGCGCAGUGAGAGGGCUUCCCUAAAGGAUCAGGUCGAGUCCCUGCAGCGCAAGGUGCUGGCUAUGGGGGAUGGCGGUCGCGGGAGGGAUCGUACUCCCUCUUCGGAUGGAACCGCUCCGUUGUGCGAUUCGCCGGUCUCGCGCCGUUCUCGGGGACGCUCUCUGAGGAUUCGGGGUCCGAACGUGGACGUUUCGGGUGAGGCAAGACCUCAGGUCAUGCCUCUGGAAUUUAGGCCACCUCUCGGCGGGGUCCGAAAGAACUUGGACCAUGUGCCUCGCCGGCUGACGAGGGCUGAUAGUGGGGUGAGUGCGGCUGCGACUGCGGGUGCUCGGCGGAUGGAGCCGUCGACAUGUGCCGUGGACGGUGAGCCAUGGACCGUCGCGGGCUCCAAGCGUGCUCGGAGGAAAGCAAGGAGGAAAAGGAGAACAGUGGCUGCCGUAGCGAAAGACGGUGGGAGCGUUGUGCCUCCUCCCCCUGUGACUGGGACUGACGGUGGGCGUCGUGCCGUCACCAGUAGUGGGGUGGGGAAGAUCUCCUUGGAAGAUCUGAACAUCGCCAACACGCGAAUUAGGAAAGCACAGGCGGGGGGCCUCCUCAUCGAGAUCCCUGGGGGUGAGGAGGCAGGUGCCAAGGCGGAGGCGCUUGUCGAUCGUCUCAGGGCUGUGCUGGCUGAGAGCGACUACAAGGACAAGGUGGUUAAAGAGGUGGCCACCUUCGGUGAGGUCCCCACGGGGGACGUAAGAAUCGGCUCAUUUAGACCGGGGCGCGGAGGUCUGAACACUGUGUGGGUGCAAUGCCCUCUCGCGUGUGCCAGCAAGCUGGUGAAGGCCGGUCGUAUCAGGCUCGGGUGGUCGUUUGCCUCCGUCGUGGCCCUAGUGAAGCGGAGGCUGCAGUGCUUUCGGUGCUUAGCGGUGGGAUACAUGAGGGUGGUGUGCCAGAGUGCGGUGGAUAGGUCCGCCUGGUGCUUCCAGUGUGGAGGAAACGAUGGGCACAAGGCUGCCGGUUGUCGAUUACCUCCGCGCUGCCCUGUAUGUGCGGACAGCGGACUCGCAGCUGGACAUCGUGCUGGUGCGGCGGAGUGUGUACCCUUCAACGACCGCGGGCGGGCGUCGGAAAGCGUAAAUCGUGGGGCUGGUGCAUCUGUCGGGGUCGAUCGGGGAGCCCUUGCCGAGGAGGAGACAAUGGAUAUCGAAAAUGGUGAUACUGGCCCAGAUAAACACUAA